CCCCAUCUCCUCUUGCAAUCCUCUCAAUCGAUGUAACGGCCGGAUCUCGACUUGCACAUUUUGUGUCAUUUUAUAAUUUUUAUGUUUCAGCUGUUCAUCGGCGAGGCACCUACCUCUACUGCGAAACUAAAUAACUUUACAGCUAAAAUAACGUCGGUUGUUAAAAUGCUAUUUUUUAAAAGAAAAAUAUCCCGUUCGACCAACAUCAGAUAUCCUAACUAGCUCUUGUUUCCAGCAAUAAUUAUAUUUGCAUGCGAUGAGUGAUUCAUAAAAAUGUCAGACUGUAAAAUAUAGGCACGUACUUCAAACUUUCUAUUUAAAAAUCAUGAAUUAUAGCCACGAAAAAUGUGUUCCCAUUUAGGGUAAUACGAAGUAUUUGCUGUCUUGUACUGAGACCCAUCUGUCAUCUAGACAAUAAAGAAAGCCGCUGUUACUUUUUCCCUGACGUUGGAAAUUUAUGGGUGCCCUACACUGGCCUAAUAACUCAAGCAUUGUGUCAACGUUUGACAGGCUUGCAGAAAAACAGCAACCCUGUUAUCAAUCAAACAACCCUUUGCAUAUUUUUAGCUGCGCUCUGAUCUUCAAGACACGUUUAUGUAUGAAUUAUAUCAUUAUGAAUCAUUCCACAGAUUUACUGUAAGGCGGGACGUGAUCUAUCACGUCUUUCAAAUCAACAAAAGGAAGAGAGAUUUUUACAGUUUUCGCCAUUUUAGAGUGCUUGACACUUGUGGGAUUUUACACUGGAAUAAAUAUAUUUUAUAACAAAUCUUAUCCGUGCAUGCCGCUGUAAAAUCGGCACUUUCCUCCCCAUUUUAAAGCCGUUUUGUAGAUUGUAUCUAAUCUUUUUUUUAGAAAGAGAAGAAAAUGAUCCUUAAGCUGCCUUUCCUCAAAGUAACUAUUUUGAUAUAUCGGUAAAGUCGCGCCGUGACAUUCAGGACUGAGUUUCUCUUGAGUUUUCAUUUGUAGUAGCAAAGAUAUACUUCCACCUCAAAACAUUGUUGCUCUCGCUCUCUCGAAAGAAGAGUUCGGGUUUGGUUAGCAUUUGUCAUUGUUUCUUUAUUAUUGUUCCCAUCUUUUAUAUUUUUAAAAAGCUCAGUUAAGAAUGGACGCAUAGAAUAACUUCAAAAACCUAAUUUCUAUACGUCAACGCGUAAUUCUUCAUCAUCACCCAGACACUAUUAUUCCAAAUGGUUAAUAUUCAACCUUCGCCGCAAUUUCAUGACAUCAAAUAUAAUUUCAAUAUAUCUUAACUAAACUAACUACAUAACAAUCUUUUAAGGCCAAUUUAAAAAUUGUUUUAAAAUGACAAUGUUCCAAUGAUUUAGUUUUCUGGACCAUUGAGAUUGACACGGGAUAAAGAAAGCAGACUUCUCUAAAUGUGUGGUAAUCUAAAAGUAUAACUGAAAUAAGUUCUGAUUCAAGAAGACGACACAACCCCAAAUAGAAUCUCCUGGGAUACGAGCUUUUUCAUGAUGAUGAAUGCAAACAUCACCGCCAUUGAAAGCUAUACAAGAUUCCACUGGUCCACGAACAAUUUUUCUAUCGACCUAAGUAACUAAAAGAAUGCCGACAUUUUGAUUAUUGUAAUAGACUGGAAUUAAAUCGCAAGUCUUAAAGUAAAAGCAAAUCUUUCAUUAUUACCUGAAACUUUAAAACUCCCCCCAGCACCAAACCGGCCCUCGAUCCUAUAGGUAAACGGCGAUAUCUUCACUUUCUAAAGUGUUUUUAACAGUGCUUCGGCAUACUGGAAUAGAUGCAAUAUUUUACAAGAACUAGCAACAAAAAGUACAGGACAAUGAAAUAUUUAUGUGUUUCGUGGUUCUAAAUCGCGCAUGGAUUUUCCCACUUUGCGCGCACCUGAUCUGGCAUAAUUUUGGCUGAAUGGGGAGCAUGGAGGGUCCCGAACCGUGUGUGUAAUUUUAAAGAUUUCUUUAGAUUUAUUAGAUGACCACCACAGAGCGAAAACAGCGUUGGCGGCAGCGCAUCAACUACAAAGAUGCGAACGAGAAACAAAGAGAAUAUCAGCCGUCCUGUCCAGAUAUUACCCAUGGAGUUAUGGAAUCUUAAUGCUGAUGCGGUUUUCCUCUUAGCUUUCUUGAGAAAAUAAUAUUGAUUAAUAAUGACGGAGCAUACUCUAAAGCGAGUCGUAGAAGAUGGGAUACUUCGUGUUAUUUGGCUGCUUCUGUCUGUGGCCCAAUGUUGUUGAAUCUAUUUAAAAGAAAGCGAAGCGUUUAACAAACAGAAACUUGCCUUCCGCCGUUGUGUUUUAAGAUGAGCGGCCCGUCCUGUUGCUUUUUAAACCAAUUUCGUUCCAAUCCGCUUUCUGCUGAAAUCCAUCCCAGGAUUUGUCAGAUCUGACCUGACCUGUCAAGCGGAUUAUCAUACAGAGAGAUUAAUAGGGUAGGCGGGUUGCAAUAAUAAUCGUUUUGUUUGAUGUGACAAGUUUGAUAGGCGUUGAUUUACUUACAAACUGAUAGGCUUUUAAUUGAGCGCCUCCAUCCAAGUUAGAUGAAAGGAAGCCGCGGCAUUUUGUGUCUGAAAAGCUGCCCAAUUGCCCGGGAGUCUGAAUACUUAUUAGCCGGGUACGUGAGCGGUCAAAUACUUCUUUUUGAAUGUAUUACUUUUUUUUCUCCCCCAAAUGAUAAAUCUCUUACAUUGUGCGUAAAUCGAAUUAUGUUGACAUGUCAACCAGUGACUUAGAAGUGGGAAAGGUUGAGUAUCUUGAUAAUGGCUUAACUUUCUAAUUAAAUUAACCUAGUUCCUGGAACAACAUUCCCCUAUGUUUGUAAAGUCUUUUUCUCGGAUGAAUUUUUACUCUUUUUAGACGUCAAUGAAAGCUGGUCAGUGGUGUUGCUUUUGAUCAAAUCGUGUUGAUCCAACCUGCGGUUGUUUGGAUCAACAAAAUAACUUGGACACAAAGGUGGUCGUCUUGUGAAAGGGAAAAUGAGACUGUUUGGUUCGUUUCGGAUUUCUGUAUUUUUUUUUAAAAGGACGGCAGAAUACUGGACACAAAUCUGUUACUUCCUAAUAUUUCAUUAUUUUCAGUCAGACUUGAAUAGAGGCGUACAAAUGGCCAAGCGUUGUAUCUCUCGAAAGUGUAAAUUUAUGUAUGUGUGUGUGUGUGUGUGUGUGUUGAAUGUUUUAAUUUGAUUUGUUUGCCCCUCGCCCUCUAGUUGCACUUAAAACCCCCAAACAACUGAACCGCACAGUGUGCCCCGAGUCUCUCCUCCGCUCUGAAGUGAACAAAUCUCCAAAAAAAACUUCCCACAGUCGACUCCACCUAAAGCAAUUAAUCUUUUAGUUUUUUCUCACCGGGAGGCAGGACAAAUACAACACGAACAGAUAGUCGUCUCUAUGGUAUAGUAAGGAAAACAGCUGUUCCAAGCAGUUAAUGCAAAUGAACACAAAUGAAAGUACAGCGUUUCAAUGUUUACUGCACUUCAUCCAUCAACCUGACGAGCCAUUAAAAAGAAAGAACUGUUCUGUGCGGAUCGAAUUUACGCCAACACUUGGGAACCGUUGAGACCUCUCCCAACACCAUUACACACCUGGAUAAAUUUGAGCUUCCUUCGCUACAUUAUUUAAGUAAAAUACUUAACAAGAACCCUCUUUAUAAUAGGAUUAAGUAGCAAUAUCAUUUCCAUUUCACUCGCUCAGACUUUGCAAAUCUGAUUCGCAAAUACCUUUACAUUUUUGAAAUAUUAGUAUAAUUACCUAAAAGAGGAUUCUUUAUUGCGGUAAUAUAUUUGUAAGAAAAAGCGCAAUUUCAUUCCGGGAAGCCAUUAGUCAAAUUUAGUUGCCCAUUCAGUAACUACAGUGCUUUGGCGUAACAAAUAUUUACAUUUCCGUUGUACAUGCUGAAAUUAGACUGCCUCCGUUUUCGGUUUUGUGAAAUUUUGACAUUGUUUGUCGGUAUUGUUUGACAUUGUAAAAGUGGUGUUAUUUAUCGAGAAGGUGGUUUGGGUUCAAUCCGGAUAGAUAGUCCAUCUCAGAAAUUGGCAACGACCCCAGCACUUCCCGUGUACUUCGCUUGUCAAACGUGUUUUUAUCUUCAAGUGACCUUUUGUUAAUGUUGUAGAUUGUGUGGGCCACCAUGUCGAGGCCGGAAACAAAAGCAAAGAUUGAUUAGCACAUACAUUUGCCAGUGAAAAGAAGACAACAUCAAACAGAAGUCAAAAUCUUAACAACCGCCCAUCUAUCCCCUUGUUAAAUUGAAGAGCGGCAUAAUAGACAAAAAACAAAGUUUGGCGUCUGCGAGGUUCUUAAGGAUAGAUUUUGCAGCUAACGCUAACUCGAUUUGCUUUUCUUUUUUUUAAAAAGCAGUAAUGUUCGGCGUAGUUUGUGUGGAGAAAGCAGUGCGAUAGUUGUGCGUGUGAUAUGAACCUUUUAAAGCAGUGACUUUGAUCAGACCGAUCAUUUGUUCUAGCUGUCAGGUUUAGCAUGUCAAGACUUUCAACGUGUCAAUCUUAAUCUUUUUCAAACGCUGCUCCGUGUGACCGGCGGGUUGACUGAUCGGUGAUACGAUCUCAAUAAUGCCAUUUUGUUUGUAAUGUCCCGUAACGACCCGAAGUGAGAUUUCUCAAUUUAAGAUUUUUAAAAAUAUAUGUGUAUAUAUAUUGUUUUUCAAUAAGUAAGAAAUGUUCAACGGGGGAGUAAGCCAUUAGCGACUGAGGUGAAGGUGUAUAAUUCGUUCAAGCGAAUUGAAGUGCGGUCUACUGCGCCCGUCUUUGUUCGCAUACAAAUUGAGUUUACUCUGAGAACGAUUUAUUUCCCUAAAUUGAAUGGCUCUUUUCAAAAGCCGUCCUUUUUCAAGUCACACCAGGCUUGUAAUCAGCAACAAAAGCUGACAUAAAUCAAGCCAGAUUGACAAGGUUGACAAAUAACUGAUUGAUUGCGGUUAAGGGAAUUGACAGUUGGAAGGGUGGGGGUAUUGAAUUGUAAGCAUGUGACAUUGAGAUCCUUCUCCGGAUUGGACUGAGAUCGUCACAUGCUGGACGUCUAAAAUGUUACCUUCACACAAUAACCAACACACAUACGCACACACAAAAAGUUAACACCACAUCCCCGUGACCCUCCAAUCACCUCGGGGUUUGGUGUUCAUUGUGUGAUUUGAUUGGAAGGCGGCAAAGGCUUUAAUCUCAAAGUAAUUCGAUGUUUGAAGUGUUGAUGUCCAGAUUGUGUGUUGCAUGUUGUGUUGUGUUUCGCUGAGCGGCGUUGCUGCUUCGCUGAUGAGCGCCGGGGAGGAUUUGGGCAGGGUCUCUCAUUCCGUGAGUGAAAGCUACCACCACCACCGCCGCCGCCGCGUCGUCGAGCGACACAGUCCCUCUCGGAGUGCUGGCUCAUUUAGGUCAUGAUUACAUCGCCUUCCGUCUCUAUCCACAGAAUUACAGCGAGUGAUAACAGCAGCCGAGGAAACACGAGUAGUAAACCGUUCUACCACUCCGUACCUCCCUCUGACCCUCUAAGGCAAGCAAAUCGUCUUCCUAUCAAGGUCUUGAAAAUGCUUACGGCUCGCACUGGACACAUUUUGCACCCCGAAUACUUACAGCCGUUACCAUCCACGCCCGUAAGUCCCAUCGAGCUUGAUGCGAAAAAGAGUCCGUUGGCACUUUUGGCUCAGACAUGCUCUCAGAUCGGAAAGCCUGACCCCCCUCCGUCCUCCAAGCUCACGUCUGUGACUUCAAACGGGACGAGUGACAAGGAGUCCGGAAAAUCCGCCCCGUUGAAACUUAGUGAUAUCGGCGCGGAGGACAAGUCGAGUUUUAAGCCGUACUCCAAGCACAACGAGAAGAAGGAGUCCAGUUCGUCGGGAUCGUCGGGCGGGUCUGGGGAGAAGUCUGGUUUCCGUGUGCCGAGCGCCACCUGUCAACCAUUCACACCAAGGACAGGCAGCCCCAACUCAAGUACCUCCUCGCCCAUGCCCUCCGACGGCAAAGGCAGCGACAGUCAGGAGAAGAAAGACAUCGACUCCGUGAAGAACAGCUCCAGCGACAACGGCACAACCACCAGUGUCGGCCACAACCGGAUUAGCCUCAACUGCGCUGGGAUAAACGUGGAAGUGAACCCACACCAGGAGACUUCGGUUUCCAAGCCCAUUAUUUCGGAAGCAUCGGCUCUGGGCUCUGGACUUGUUGCCCCUGUUUCGCCCUACAAACCCGGGCAGACAGUCUUCCCGUUGCCCCCUGCAAGCAUGGCCUAUCCAGGAACACUCGGUGCCUACGCCGGCUACCCGCACCAGUUCGUACCGCAUGGAGUCAGCUUGGACCAUGCCAAAUCCAGCCUGGUCGGGGCGGCUCAGCUGGCCAGUUCUCUGGGCUGUGGUCUGUCCGGCAAGCCGGCCGGUUCCAGCCCACUAGCCGGCGCCUCUCCACCCUCCAUGAUGACGGCCAGUCUGUGCAGAGAUCCCUACUGCCUCAGUUACCACUGCGCCGCGCACCUUGCCGGGGCGGCCAGCAACUCUUGCUCCCACGACCCCAGCGCUCUCAAGGCUGGAUACCCUCUGGUUUAUCCCUCUCACCCCCUCCACGCCGUGCACACGACCAUGGCCAGCAACGCUGGCACGCCGACCCUGACGGGCCACCAUUUGUACCCCUAUGGUUUCAUGCUUCAAAACGAUCCUCAGCCGCAUAUCUGCAAUUGGGUCUCGGCCAAUGGACCAUGCGACAAGCGAUUUUGCUCCUCAGACGAACUGCUCAACCACUUGCGGACGCACACUGCUUUCUCCGGGACUGACAAACUCAUGGCCGGCUACCCUAGCUCGUCCCUGGGUAGCGCGGCUGCGGCGGCUGCGGCAGCGGCCGUGGCUUGUCACAUGCACCUCCCGCCCACAGGGGCGCCGGGGAGCCCCGGAGGUCUCACGUUAAGGAGCCCCCAUGCUUUAGGACUCAGCAGCAGGUAUCAUCCUUAUGCCAAGAGCCCACUGCCGACCCAUGGAGGUCCAGGACCGGUCACCACUCUCCCCGUGCCGGCAACAGGACACUAUUAUUCCCCAUACGCACUCUACGGCCAGAGAUUAACAACAGCUUCAGCAUUGGGCUACCAGUGAACACAGACAGACAUUUUAAGAGCUGCAACGUGCAUUGCAAAGAAGGCUUAUGUGGGUCCAAUUUCAAAACAGUCAGGAAAAAAGAAAAGUUUUGUUCUUUUAAAUACAAAAUGUUGACCUAGUUUUCUUCUGGUUAAAUAAUACAAUCUGAUUUAUUUUUCUUUCGUGAAGCCAGUCAUCUCAAAGGUGAACCGAUUAGUGCAUACGUAGAGAUUUCGCCCUAUGGAAUUGUUUGUUUGAAAAUUAGGAUAUGUAAAUAGUUUUCUUGAAAGUUUUGAAAUACAAUCCAGGUAGUCUCACACAAAGCAAAUUGCAGUUUAAAGGGUCAUUCUAUGGUGUUCAUUAAUGGACGGGUUCCGCGAACGCUGUAUUUAUUUAUGUUAGCUUCAAGCGGGGGAAAACCAUAACAAAGUGCAUUACUUAACAAAAACAAAAACGGAUAGGUAACGUGAAACACAAUGUAGAAAAAAAAAUAGGGGUUUUCCUAAGUUUCUUUUGAAUUGCUAUGAUUGUAUUGUAUUAUUUAAUGUCUCUUGGGGGAAAAAAAAGAAUUUACAUGCAUGUUUGUUACUAAAUUCCAACUUGUCAUUAUAAUUUCAAAUUACAAUUAUUUUUAAGGUGUACCAUGGAAAGAAAAUUGGUAUUUUUUGUAUGUAUUCUGGAAAUAAGAAGCAGUGCUAUUCAAAAAUAUGACGUCUUAUUUUGUUAUUAAAUGAAUACUUGAUUACAAA